AUGAUACGACUUUUUGUCCGCGGAUUUGCCACGGGAAAGCCGAGGGAUCUGGGGAAGUCCCCAGCAAAGAAGGUAAAUCGCACGCCGGUUGGUGUGCUAGAAGAUGAAAGUGAACCGCAGCGAGGACAAGUUCAAAACCAGCAGACUGGAGAGAUUGGCGGGCCUAGAGGACCCGAGCCUACUCGAUACGGAGAUUGGGAGAGGAAAGGACGAGUUUCCGACUUUUAA